UAUCUCUGCUCCCACACUUAUAUUUAAACCAUUUUCUCAGUGAGAUCUCACUUAUUGUCUUCAACAUCAUGACCACCAUCUGUCUGCUGCUUCUGGUCACUCUGCUGCCAAACCUGAGCUUCACUGCCCAUGUAAAUGUGGGCAUAGUGAAUGGUAAGGAAGCGAAACCCCACUCCAGACCUUACAUGGUUUCUGUUCAGUACAAUGGGCAACAUAUAUGCGGUGGAUUCCUCAUUUCUAAUGAGUUUGUCUUGACUGCUGCACAUUGCCGAAACAAAUCUCUAAUUCUCACAACUGUGGUUGGUGCUCAUUUCCUACAAAACAAGAGUGAGAAUUCUGAAAGAAUCAAAGUGAAUUCCUACCACGAACAUCCAAACUACAACAAUAAAACUCAACACAAUGACAUUAUGCUUUUGAGGCUAGAGAAAAAAGUCACACAAAACAACAAUGUGGAUUGGAUAUCCAUACCGAAGACAGAAGGGGACAUUGAAGCAGAUUCUGUCUGCAGUGUUGCAGGCUGGGGAGCACUGAAAUUUAACGGCGCACUGAGCCCGACGCUCAUGGAAACAAAUGUGAAGAUCAUGAAGAUCAAUGAUUGUGAGAAUAAAUGGGGCAAGGCGUUCUCCGCUUCCAAGAUGAUCUGUGUUUAUGGCAAUGGAGGAAGCUGUGCGGGGGAUUCAGGAGGUCCUCUGGUUUGUGGAGACACUGCAGUCGAGAUCACAUCCUUCAAUAGCCUUUUUGGCUGCAAUUUACACGAGUACCCUGAAGUUUAUACUAAGAUUUCAGCAUUUCUUCCACGGAUCCACAACAUCACUGGAAAUUUUAAUUGAAUUGAGAUUAAACCCACCCCACCCCUCCUUUUAUUUCUCCAAAUUGUUUUUCAAUAAAAGU